AUGAGAGAGGAAGCUUUGGAAGAAGAAAGGGAGAUUACCAUGAAGGCCAAAAGAUGGGAGUUGGGACAGAAUAUAGUAUCUCCAGCGAGUUAUCCGAGAGUUGGAGCAGCUUCAAUAGCUGUUGAUGGCGGAGCAGAUCAAUUGACUGAUGCGAAUGUUGUCAGCGAAGUUGUUGUCAGCGAAGUUGUUGUCAGUGAAGUUGUUGUCAUUUUAAUGUGUAUUCUUGAAUGUGCAGGUGAUUCUAAUUCUGAGCACCUUAAGGCAGGUGAUUCUAAUUCUGAGCACCUUAAGGUAGGUGAUUCUAAUUCUGAGCACCUUAAGGCAGGUGAUUCUAAUUCUGAGCACCUUAAGGUAGGUGAUUCUAAUUCUGAGCACCUUAAGGCAGGUGAUUCUAAUUCUGAGCACCUUAAGGCAGGUGAUUCUAAUUCUGAGCACCUUAAGGUAGGUGAUUCUAAUUCUGAGCACCUUAAGGCAGGUGAUUCUAAUUCUGAGCACCUUAAGGCAGGUGAUUCUAAUUCUGAGCACCUUAAGGUAGGUGAUUCUAAUUCUGAGGACCUUAAGGCAGGUGAUUCUAAUUCUGAGCACCUUAAGGCAGGUGAUUCUAAUUCUGAGCACCUUAAGGCAGGUGAUUCUAAUUCUGAGCACCUUAAGGUAGGUGAUUCUAAUUCUGAGGACCUUAAGGCAGGUGAUUCUAAUUCUGAACACCUUAAGGCAGGUGAUUCUAAUUCUGAACACUUUAAGGCAGGUGAUUCUAAUUCUGAACACCUUAAGGCAGGUGAUUCUAAUUCUGAACUGUAUGAUCGGGGCCUGACAUAA